GCCACUCAGAUACUCGCGUUCAGUAUGUUACUGGCGGUUGGUUGUAGUAGUCAAAAGCUACCACCAAAUUUCAAGUUUGGAGCAGCCACCGCCGCUUAUCAGAUUGAAGGAGGUUGGAAGGCUGAUGGUAAAGGUAAAAGCAUUUGGGACGAAUUUGCGCAUACGCACAAGGACGCAAUUGUAGAUGGCACGAAUGGGGAUGUAGCCGCAGACUCCUAUCAUUUAUGGAGGGAGGAUGUUAGGAUAGCUUCAGAAUUGGGACUUAAUCAGUACAGAUUUUCGAUAUCCUGGUCUCGAAUCUUACCAAGCGGUCUCCCAAACAAUAUGAGUAAAGCCGGCGUGAAGUAUUACAGCGAUCUUAUUGACGAACUUCUGAAGCAGAACAUUGAACCGGUUGUGACUAUGUAUCACUACGAUAUGCCUCUGAAGAUACAGGACUUGGGUGGCUGGACGAAUCCUCUUAUAGCGGAUUGGUUUGCCGACUACGCAAGGGUUCUAUAUUCUCUAUUCGCCGACAGAGUCAAGACGUGGAUUACAAUUAACGAAGCGGUUGUAAUUUGCGAUAUGAUUUAUAACACAGGCAUCUUAGCACCGGGUAUUAAGAAUGAGGAAUUAGGCCCUUUUCUUUGUAACAAGCAUUUACUAUUGGCGCAUGCUAAAGCGUACAGGGUCUAUGAGAGGGAGUUUAAGGAUAAAUACAAUGGUCGACUGUCUUUAUCACAUAACAUCCUAUGGAUAGAGCCAUACCAGUAUCCUCGUGAUAAAGAAUUGGCAAAGCUGGGCUUGGAAUAUAUGAUUGGGCGCUACUCGCAUCCCAUAUUUUCUAAAGAAGGCGGAUGGCCGCCAAGUGUCGAGAAGAAAUUGCUAGAAUACAGCUUAAAACAAGGAUUCAAUUACUCCCGAUUGCCAUCCUUUACUGAAGAAGAGAAGCAAUUAUUAAAAGGUUCAGCGGAUUUCUACGCUCUCAACUAUUACACAACACACAUGAUAAGACCAGCCAAGGAAGGCGAGAAAGGAACAUGGUUUCUGAACGGUUCACCCGAAUUGGGCGCCAUGUUGGAGAUACCAGCUGACGCGGAGCUUAGUGCUUCUGUGAUAAUGCCGGUAUACCCCAAGGGUCUCAGAAAAACACUAUCAUACCUCAAGAACAGCUACGGUGAUAUCGAUAUACUUAUAACCGAGAAUGGUUACCCGGGCAAACACCAGAUGUAUGACCAUGUCAGACUUAAAUAUAUAAAGGAUCAUUUGACGCAGGUUUAUCUAGCAAUAAAAGAAGACAAAGUACAUGUUAUCGGUUACACCUACUGGGCGCUGAUGGACAAUUUCGAGUGGAACAGCGGGUAUUCGGUCACAUUCGGCCUGUAUGCAAUGGACCAUAAAGACCCGAAGAAAAUUCGAUCGCCUCGGCUAUCGUCCCAGUACUACGCUUGCGUUAUUAAAACUCAUGAAAUAAAUGUCUCUGACGAAUGUGUCAAUGAGAAUAUUGAAAAAUUGCAUUUACAAGAAUAUCAUAGCUUUGGUAAUAGCGUUUGUGCUUCGAAAGCAUUGAUCGUUUUGUUGAUUUUAUUUUAUUUUUCAUAAGUGACGGAUUAAUUUAGGAUAGUUGACAAUCAUUAUAAUUACUAUGUUCGGCAAAUUAUGUAAAAGUAAGAUAAGAUUAUAAAUACCUAGUUAACAUAAUAAAUAACAUGUAUAAUUUUAAACGAAAAACUAUACCCCUGCAAAUUGUCAGAACCAGACCAAAUUUAAAUGGGUCCACACGGGAGGCAACAGCUUUCAAAUCAAAAAAGAAUCAUCAAAAUGGGUUAAUCCACUUCAAUUUUCUGACGUGACAAAUCCAAAAAAGACAGUCGAAUUGAUAACCUCAUUUUUUUGUAUUUGGUUGAAAAUAAAAUUUUAUCGUCAUUAAUUUAUAAUGAUAUAUUACCAAGUAGAGCAUCAUUAUUGAUAUCAAAGUUUUAUUGUUUCAUUGUUUACCAAAUAUGAAAUAAAUAU